AUAGGCUUGAGAAAUAAGUCAUAGUUGAAAUAUAGUAUAUUCAAAUAGUUCUCACCAAACAUUUUUCAUUUUUCAUCCAAAUGGCUAGCGAGAACCCAUACUACCAGGAAGACGUGGUGGCCUACCGCUCCCUGAGCACCGUAAAGGAAUUGGAAUGGCGGCACUUGAAGGAUAAGUGCCAGAGUCUACGCCUGGAAAUGGCCUGCUCUCACCUCCGGGAGCUGGCGCUGAUGUCGAAUGUGGUGCAAAUCAUUUGGCAUGUGGAACUGUUGAUGGUAUCCCACGUGAUUCUGUUGCUCGCCGUAGUAAAGGAUAUUAUACUGGCGACCUUGGUGCCCUACUUUGUGGUUAUGCUUUUCACUCCCUUCAUCAUGCUCUUGAGCAUGCAGAAGAACGUUGGGAUGAAUACGAAUAAGUUCAUCUCAUGGCUGAUGGCCCUUUUCCUAACUUCCAUGGAUCUCUUUUCGGACCUGCUGGGUACCAUCCAUAGUGGCGCAGCGUAUCCCACGGUGCCCUGCUACGAUCAUGUAGUCCUGGUCAGUGUCUACAUGACAUUACCCAUCGCAUUCUACCAGGGAAGCGGAGUAUACCUUUUGGGAAUGACGGUAUCCAUAGUUUACUUGGGCUACGUUUUCUAUAUGCAGUAUCUUAAUGAUCAAGUGUCGUUUUACCUGCUCGCCUCCUAUGCCAUAUACCUCCUAACCCUCAACCUGAUCUUUUCAUUUUUGACUGUAGUGAGGGACUACGGCCUCAGGCGAGCCAUACUUAGCCGCUACCAGUUGAUAUACCAAAACAUUGUCUACCAGCUUGUAAUAAAGAAGGAGAAUGCUCUGUUGGAGUCAAUUUUGCCACGCAGGAUGAUACGCACCUUGCAGGAGGAGAUCUGCAGCCGCAUCGAGGAUCAGGACAAGAGCUUCACUUCUCACAAGGCAGGUUCACGAAAGCUGUUCUUGGAACCAUACCCGGAUGUUUCCAUUUUGGUAGCAGACAUGGUGAACUACACGCACCUGACCACCACUUUGGAGGCACCGCAGCUGGUAGAGAUUCUGCACGACCUGUUUGUGAGUUUCGACCUGGCUGCCAAUCGCAACCGAGCGAUGCGGAUCAAGUUCCUGGGAGAUGCCUACAACUGUGUGGCGGGCAUCCCGAACUACUUUCCCGCCCACGCCUCCUGCUGCGUUGACCAGGCUCUGGAUAUGAUCCACAUCACGCAGGACGUGAGUAGCCGGCGCAAGCUGGACAUCAACCUUCGAAUCGGUGUGCACUCGGGUGAGGUGUUUGCAGGAAUCAUUGGGCACACCAAAUGGCAAUUCGACAUCUGGUCCAAGGACGUGGACAUCACCAAUAGGCUGGAGUCAUCCGGGCUGCCCGGAAUGGUGCACGUCUCUCAAAUGACCCUGAGCAUGCUGGACGAGCACUAUAUAUUCAGAGAAGGCACCGAGGCAGCCAAGAAUGAUCCCAUCCUGCAGCAGGCGGGAAUCCGCACCUUCCUGGUCACUAGUAGACUACCCGAUGCGGUGGAGCCGGGCGAACUGGAGGACGAAUUGAGCAACGCCUCAAUAACCUCAUGCCGCCUGAGCUACGGCGGAUACUACGAGGAGAUCCAGAUCAAGGCGCAGCGCGAGAUAAUGAAGGAGGUGGAGCAAAUGGCGGUGGGUCACUGCUUCGUGGAAUGGAGGCGUAGCAGGUCGAUGAAGAAAAAGGGCUUCAAUGAGGAGUACCUGUUCAGCAACCAGAUCCACCUCGUGCUGGGUGUAUUCCGCAGCUGGAAGAUGGAGUGGGCCUUUCAUAACCUGCCGGACCUCAUGAUGAAGUACUCCAUGCUCAUAGUGCUCUGUGCUGGACUGGCUAUAUUAUGCAUUAACUGUAUCGAAAAAGCCACCUACUCCGAUCUUUUGGUCCUGAUCGGAUUUCUGCUCGUACUGCUGAUCCUGUGCUUUCUUGCCGGAUACAAGAAGCUGCGUCUGCAGUGGAAGAGACAUACACCCUUGUCGCAGCCCUCUUGUUUUCUGAGUCGUUGGCUUCUCAGGAUCUCCGAGAGAAUCGAGGACUCUCUGUUCGUGAGGGUUCCAUUGACCAUUGUGAUACUGCUCCUGCUCUACGUUAUGUCCUCUCAAACUGUGUUUUCCUGUGAUGUUGCAAAACUAGAACUGGGUAUAAUCGAAGCGCACCUCCACAAUGAAAAGUCCUAUGCGGAAUGCUUCGGUCCAUGGACUGUCACUUACUGUGUGAUCAUCGUGCUUAGUCUCCUGUUUAUCAUCUCGGGAUGUCCGCUAGUGAUAAAGGCGAUUCUCGGCCUCCUUAUCCUUGGACUCCACUUGGGCAGCGUGCAUUUCUACUACGGGUUCGCCUUCGAGAGAUCGGAGACCACUGAUCUGGGACUGAAGUCGGACUACGCCCACACCUGGUAUCUGGUGGCUCUCUUUGUUGUUCUGGUGUUGCGGGAACGCCACGUGAACUACCUCAGGAAGUUUAACUACUUCAUGCGCGUUUGCUACGAGGAUGCCCACCAACAAACUGAUGACAAGCUGCGCUCCAUGAAGAUCAUUAUGGCCAACAUCCUGCCUUCCCACGUGGCCCAGGUGUUCAAGGUGCGGCGACCCCACGACCAGCUCUACUAUGAGAACUUCUCCAAGGUUGCCGUGAUGUUCGCCUCCAUCGAGAACUUCAACGCCGACACGGCGGGUCUGCGGAUCCUGCACGAGAUUAUCUGCUGUUUCGACGACCUCCUGGUCCACUACCAGACCAGGUACAAAAUCGAAAAGAUCAAGGUGAUGGGAUGGACCUACAUGGUGGCCUGUGGCCUGGAAACGGACCACUACACGGACUUCUCAAUCGACAUUCCUGUCACGCAGCGCGAAACGGAUUCGGAAGUGAGGCGUAGAUCCAGCGUACUGACCGUUCACUUCGGCAGUACCGAGGACGAUGAAACGAGCGGAGAUAACGUCAGCCAGCCGUACGCCCAGGUGCAGGAUGUCGCCGUCUUGGUGAUGACCGAAUUCGCACUGGACUUACUUCGCAUCAUGCACGACAUUCGCUACAACUACAUGUUCUCGGAGUACGACACCUUUUUAACGGGAAGCCUGAAGAUAGGCAUCUCCCAUGGACCCGUGAUGGCCGGAGUUGUGGGACUCUCGAAACCACACUACGACAUCUGGGGUCAUACCGUCAACAUGGCCUCCCGGAUGUCCUCCACUGGACUGCUGGACAACAUCCAAGUGACCCGACACACGGCCAAGGUGCUGCGACAGUUCAACAUACGCUGCCAUUACCGAGCUCACACGGAGGUGAAGGGAGUGGGCAAGGUGCCCACCUACCUGGUGGUCCUGGGUCCGGAUCUCACAUUCCACGAUCACGACCAGGAGAGCAUGAAUGUUAAAGACUCUAAGAGUUGGGUUAUCGACACUCUUCCCCUAUCAUUCACCCCGAGCUACGUGCCCCCAUGGUCUUCCCCGCCAGAAGAAGACGAGGCUGGAGAGGAGCUCGAGGAACAUGAGUCUGAAGGGGAUGAGCUGGAGGAGUCCCAACAGGAGCGUCAAAAGGGAGGCGUCCUCAUGACCGGCGACGUUUAAUGUAUUUAUAUAUAUACAUGUAAUUAUUGCUGCUAAUAAACAUG